AUGUGUAAGAGUCGACGCAGAGAUGACUCAUAUUCUUCAACAGAGUGGAGUGAAGCCUUCACACUGUCAGUAACAAUUCCCAUUAAGCCCACUGUGAUCCUGCAGCCAUCCUGGACUCAGAUAUUCAGCGGUGAGACAGUCACUGUCAGAUGUGAGAUUCAGGGAGGAACUCAGUGGAUGUAUGAAUGGAGUCCAGCCAAGUUAAACACACCUCCAACAUCCAAUGAAUACAGAAUCAGCAGAGCUGCUGAGUCUGACAGUGGAGGAUACAGAUGCAGGGGCAGAAGGGACUAUUUGUUAACAUGGUGGAGUGAUACCAUCACACUGACUGUAUCAGGUAAACCCAGAACCACACUGACAGCACAAAGGUCAAAGGUCAUACCAGCAGGGGGCAGCGUGACCCUGAUCUGCUCUGUGGAGGGCUCUGCUGGCUGGAAGUUUGACUGGUUCAGACGUGAUUCAGUCUCUUCUGAAGCUCAGCUCAUGAGAGGAAAUGAAGCAAACAGAGAUAUUAGAGUCUCACAAGGAGGUCUGUACCACUGCAGAGGAGGGAGAGGAGAUCCAGCUUUCUUCUCUGAGGACAGUGAUACAGUUAUGAUUAAGGAACAAGUUUUGUCUGCUGUGACUCUGCAUCCCAGCUGGUCUCAGAUAUUCACUGGUGAGAAAAUCAGCCUCAGAUGUGAGAUUGAAGGAGGUGAAGGAAAGGUGUGGAAAUAUGAAUGGAGAGCACCCAACACAAUCAGCCCUCCAACAUCCAGAGAAUACAGGAUCAGCAGAGUUUCAGGGUCCCACAGAGGAGCCUACAGCUGUCGGGGUAGCAGUGACUAUCUCUUUACAGAGUGGAGUCAUCCCUUCGAACUGAGAGUUUCAUGUGAGUAA